GACGCCGUGCUCUCGUCGUCGCUCUCGGGAGGCCACGCUGCGGUUCGGCGCCACCAGGAUGUGGAGGGUCCCGCUGCUUCUCUGCCAGAGCCUCUCCCUGCUUGGAGUCUCCUGUUCCCAUGGCGACCACGAGGUCACGCUGCCUCGAAAUUGCUCUCUGGACUGCGUUCUCAAGGGGGACCCGUCCUGCGAGUUCUGCUCCGUCGACGCCGAGGACAUCGAGGCCACCCUGGGCGUGAGCGCGGCUCGCUUGUUUCGCACUUGUGUCCCGCUGCCCUGUUUGACCUACCUGUCUUCGGACCAGAGCCCCUCCCUCUGCGAGCACUACGUCCAGGGCCCCCGUAACAUCACCGUGGAGUUUGUGGCCGAUCGGGAGCCCGGAUACGACACGAUCGUCGUGUCCUGGAUGCCCAGCGUAUACGUGUGUCUUUGGGUGUGCUUCCCAGGGAUCGCCUUCCUGCGCGGCUUCCAGGUGACCCUGCAGGCGCUGGGGGGGUCUCACAUGGACUGUCAGCUCUUCCUGUUCCAGCGCAACCUGUCCCUGUCUGCUGCACAUGCCCACAGGGUGUACCGGUCGAACCCUUUCGCCCGGCUGGCCCUCGGCUCCCAGUUCGCCGUUACGGUCGUCGCCGUUCCCGUUCCGGAGCUCUGGACGGAUUUCUACCGCAGCCUCAUCUUCUCCACUCGCACAUGCCCUGAGAAGAACGGACUGGAACAGUGCCAGAGGGACUGGUACCCGCGGCACGUGGAGGUGCGGCAGGAGGGGCAGGUCGUCGCGGUCACCUUUAACCUGGCUCCCCCUCACCUGUCCAUCAGCCACUACUUCUCGUGGUGCUACGGGGGUGGCAUGCGCAACUACACGCCUAUCGCAGCUAACCCCGCAGGCAACCGGACGCACAUCACGUACCGCCUGCUGGGCCUCCAGCUGGGGACCGACUACUCCUGCGAGGUUGCUGCUAAUGUGGUGGACGCUGUCAGGACGACGUUCUCUGUCCGCCUGUCCAAAGUGAAUCAAGAACCUCCGCCGUCCACAGCAGAGACGGUGGUCCUCGCUCUGCUGCUUCCCGUGGCCGUCCUCCUCGUGUGCGUGGUGCUGGCUGUCACGACCGUCCUCAUCAGGAAGAAGACGGAGAGAAGGCUCCGGAAGCUGCAGGAAGAGGCGGUGAAGUCGUCGCGCAGCGGCGUGAUGCACGAAGAGUGCCGUCUCGUGUCGAGCGGCGCCGUCCGGCCCCCUCGUCUCCUCAUCCUGUACAGCAGCGCGGAUGGCCCCGCCCACAUCGGGGUCAUCGUGCACCUGGCCGCCUUCCUUCGGCAGCACCUGGCCGUUCAGGUGAGCCUGGACAUGUGGGAGGUGCUCACCCUGGUGGAGGAAGGCAGCAUGGCCUGGUACUGCCGCAAGGUGCAGGAGAGCGACUUCGUGCUGGUCGUCUGUUCCCGGGGGCUUCGACAGCAGCUGAGCGGGCGGAGCCGGUCGGCAGUCGGGGCGGAGCCCGGCGAAGGGGAAGCCGCCCUGGCGGCGGUCUAUCUUGUCGGCGAGGAUCUCGGGCGGGCCAGGGCCGCCGGCGAGGACCUGUCCAAGUUCCUGACGGUCACCUUUGAGUACUCGAUGGAGGCUCAGGUGCCGGGGCUGCUGGCUCUCGCCUCCCACUACUGCCUGAUGAGGGACCUGCCCCUGCUCUUCUCACACCUCCACAGGGUGGCGCUGCAGAGUCCUGGCCGGCGCCUGCACGUGGAGCUCGUCUCGGAGGAGACGUACGCGGAGGUUCCCGCGGGAGCAGCUCUCCUCCGGGCGAUGGGCGAGGCCGAGAGGGAGCGACAGCGGGGUCCGCGGCCGGGCACGUAGCGGCAGCGGGAUUGGAUCUCGGCGCUCGACGGUUAAAUCCCGGGGUGGACGUCUGAGCACAGCUCUGGACCCUCGUGCGUUAAAGCACAGCUGCUUUUUCACGAAAGCGUCCGCGGCGCUGCUCGGCAGUAACGGAAGUUUGCGAAACCCCUUUUAACCCUCUUCCUGAAUGGUGUGAACGGGGCCUCUGAGUGAGGGCGUCCGGAAGGGUAGCGGUUAGAGCUGCUGCCUUCGGACCCAAAGGUUGCAGGUUUGAAUCCCACCUCUAGCUGUAGUACCGUAAGUUGCUCCAGUAAUAUUACCCUGCUGUAUAAAUGAUUUGCAAGUACUUUAAAACCGUAAACUAAGCGUCAGAUGAAUGAAGAAAGGUAAACGAGUUGCUCUGAGGCCCAGGAGGGGACCCGCCGUACGGGUGAUCAAAGCACUUGAGGUGAACUGCGGUGUCCAGGUGCAUAAGCAGCUGUUUUUGGGAAUGUAGUGGCAUGAGAAGGCAACCUGUGUCUGAGCCUCACUGUCCUCUGGGUGGCUUUUACUGUGUUUGGCACCGUGUUACUGUCUCCACUGCUCCUCUGGUAUUUACUGUACGGCUGAAUACAUAGUGCAGCACAGUACAUCACACACCGAUAUUUUUCCUGCACUUCAUCUCUCUCGUUGUUCCAUUGCCAAUUCCGUUCCAGAUUUCCAUAAUUGUAAUUAUUUUAUUGUGCACAGUACUUUGUAACAGUGUGUGAUAACAACCAGUCCCUGCUGUGCUGACCGUAUCUGCGGUGCCCUGUCUGUGUCUGGCAGCUUUUUGUUUUCCUCUCCUCAGCUGCCAGCUGGGUUACUGAGUUGAUAUUUCGGUGCUGUACCUGUCAUUUUGGGUUAUUUUCCGUAAACUUGUUCAGCGCCCCGUGUCACUCUGGGGAUGAAAGUGCUGUAUAGAAAUAAAUGGAACUGAUCUGAACUAAACCGAAUGAGCUUCCUG